CUUCUAUUUUAAGUUGAGUCAAAUAGUGAGCCAAGUGUGUGUGUUCGUCCUGAGCCAGUGUAGUAGUGGAGGGAACAAGCUACCACAGCUGACCUCGCUAUUCAUUUGGUCACUGACUUGGCGAAAAAGCGGUUUGGUACUGUGCCAAAAGGCGCACUCAAACCACCCACGGUUAAUAUUUGAAUUUGUUUUACGUUCAAGAGGAUGGACAACGAAGGCCACCGAAACAUUAGCCAAUCUUUUCACAUUGCACGCAGUUGCGUGUGGAGUGUGUUUGAGGGCUCAAGGGGAGGAACGCUGACGAGAAAUUUUAAGUGUUUAGCACAAGCCUGCGGCUGCGAGCUACCUUGUUAAUUCCGUUUACAUCAUUGUAACUUAAACGGGUACAGAUGCUAGUUCAGACUGCUGUAAAACUGCGAUGAGGAUUAACAGCAGUGGGAAGGUUUCCAGUGUCAGAAUCAUGGACCCGCCAACUGGGUCAUCAUCGGAGGCUUAUGACUACGACCUGCUGGUUAUUGGAGGAGGGUCGGGAGGCCUGGCUGUGGCUAAGGAAGCUGCAGGGUUGAGGAGGAAGGUGCUGCUCCUUGACCUCGCGGCUCCGUCACCGAGAGGGACUAAGAGGGAACUGGGUGGUUCCAGUCUGAACACAAACAGCGUCAGGAGAUUUCUCCAACAGGCCUCUCUCCUGGGAAAAGCAAUUCAAGACUCUCAGAAGUACGGCUGGAGGGAGAAGGAGCAAGCGUCUCAUGGCUGGAGAGAGCUGGUAGAGGCCGUGCAGCAGCAGGUGAAGACUUGCAGUCUGGAGCUGAAGAAGGAGCUGAAGCGCUGUGGAGUCUUUUACCUCAACGCUCGUGCAGAGAUAGUCGCGCCCCACACAGUGGAGGUGAUGGACACGAAUGGGAGCAAGAGGCGCGUGACGGCAGAGACCUUGGUCAUCGCUACAGGGGACAGCCCUCAGUACCUGGGCGUACCUGGAGACAGAGAGUACUGCAUAACCAGUGAGGAUCUCCUCUCCCUGCCUCACCCCCCUGGUCGUACUCUGGUGGUAGGCGGGUCUGCAGAGGGUCUGGAGAGCGCUGGCUUCCUGUUUGGCCUCGGGCUGCCAGUCACCGUCAUGCAGCAGCAUGACCUGCUGCAGGGGUUCGACCAGAAAACGGCGCAGAAGAUAGAGAACCACAUGAUCGUCAGUGGAGUGAAGUUCCUUUAUCACUGUUCACUCACCAAGGUGGAGCAGACUGAAGCCAGCAGUAAGGAAGUUGUUUCAGAUGAUUCUGCAGCAACACCGCAGCAGUUUUCGAACGGGGGACUUCGAGCGACCAUCAUCUCUAAGGAAGGUCAAACCAUACAGGAAGACUUCGAUACAGUGCUGCUUGCUAUUGGAAGGAAAGCCACUACCGACGACAUUGGCCUGGAGUGUGUUGGGGUGCAGCGCAGCCAGGACACCGGCAGGAUCCUUGCGAAUGAAAGGGAUCAGACCAGUGUAGAUCAUAUUUACGCCAUCGGAUCAGUGCAGCAUGGACGCCCCUCCACUACAGGCCUCUCAGUGCAUGCUGGGACACUGCUGGCCCGUCGACUCUACAGAGGAGACAGCACCUUGUGCGAUUACUCCAACGUGCCCACUGUUGUGCUCACUCCACUGGAAUAUGCUGCCUGUGGUCUGUCUGAGGAGAAAGCUAAUCUAACGUUUGGAGAAGCCAAUGUAGAGGUGUAUCACAGCCACUACUGGCCUCUGGAGUGGGAGCUUCCUGGAAAGAAUAAAAACUCCUGCUAUGUUAAAGUCAUCUGCCACAUCCCUGACCAUGAGCGCGUGGUUGGUCUCCAUGUCAUGGGCCCCAGUGCUGGAGAUAUCGUCCAAGGCUUUGCUGCAGCAAUGAAAUGCGGUCUCACAAAAGAACAGCUGGAUGCCACGGUGGGCAUCCACCCCGGGUCAGCCCAGGUGCUCACCUCAUUGACCCAAACCCAGCGUAUGUCUGAGGCGCUAAUGAUGCGUGGGAACUGCUGAGGUUAGCCCCCUGCUGCCAAUCACAGUUGCCCAUGGCAACAGUGCAAGACAGCAGGGAAGGGCUUUGCUAUCACCCUGAAGAGAGAUGGCGGCAGCACGGCCAGUCAACCGUCCCGUGACGCCCUCGCCUGAAGCCUGACAGACGGGCGGGCGCGGACCGAUGCUCUGCUGCUGACUCGCUCCCUGUUUUUGUGCGUGUUUUUGUCCGUGCUGCUUUUUAGGUUUGUUUGCAUUUUUUAUGAACUGUGUGCCUGAAGCGUAACUUUGAAAUACAGUAGCAUUGAUGCAUUUUAAUGGCUCCCGGCUUUGAGGGAGAUAAGAUGCUCCCCAAGGUUCUGCCUCUGAAAGCCCCUGUAAGCUUUAAUAUAGCUGAGUUUUAAAGGCUGCGGGAGAGUGAUAAGACUCUGGGAUUUGAUGCAUUUACAUGGAGUGAAAGCUCCGGCUUAGACUCUUGCUUUUUUAUUGCUAUGGCACAGGCCUCAGGGGUUUUAUAGCCUUAAUUUCAUGUAAUGAACUAGAUGAGGAUUAUGGAAUUACCCAAAUUAAUUGUGUUUAUCGGCGAAUGCUCUCGCUUUAAUUGAUGCAUAUGGUGUCUUUAUUAAGACUUUAGGCCAGAGUUCGUGACGCAUUCUCUUGUUUGCUUUUCCUCUUUUAUAUUCUCCUUGAUUCAGCACCGCCAAGCGUAACGACCGUCUUAAAACAACUGUUGAAUAUUCAUGCAGAUCGUUACGUGAAGUAUCUCAUCUCAAAUGAAUGCAGCGGCCAGAGUGCAGCUAUUUCUUAAGUUGACGUUUAUCCCGCCACCUCAACGCUACACUCAGAGUACAGAUGUGAGCCUGUAGUGGCGUGCAUUGUGCUUUUGCCAGCUGAGCAUUGCAGCAUUUAGAUGCAAAUCUGAUGCUAUCCUCCAGACCACCUUCUGAUCCCCCCGCCCCCCCUCCCGGACGAAGCUGCUACUGUAAGUAAGACAGAUAUCCUAAUUAGAAAAAGUGCACAGGAGUGUCUCUUUUGGCGUGUGCCUGAAAAUGCCAUUAGAGCGUAAUUUGAUCAAGGCAAAGCAGCAGCCAUGACUUUGUGCAGGUCUCAUAGCAAGGUUAAGAUGCCGCAUAGAGGUCUAUCUAUCACUGCCUGCUCCUCUUGGACAGCGUUCAGAGGUUUCACCUGACCCCCGCGGGUAGUGUGUGCUCUCCCACCACUAGAUGGCACUGUAGCUGUAUUGGGAAGAGGGUAAAUGAAGCAAUAAUUAGUGCCUUUUGUUAUAACUGGAGAGAAAUUAAAUUAAACUGAUGCAAAGAUGUGUGCGUGUUGAAAAUAAUUAUUGCUAUUACAACUAUUUUGGCAUUCAUCUGCAACUAUUUUGAUAAUUAAUUAGUUUGAGUAAUGUUAGGAGAAAAAAGUCUAAAUUGUCGGAUUCCAGCUUUUUAAAUGUGGUUAUUAAGGAGUGCCAAUUAGCUCACUGGGUUAAGCAGCUGUUCCAUGCACAGAGGCUCUGUCCCAGGUUCAAGUCCUGGCCUGGCGCCCUUUUUCUGCGUGACACCCUCCCUCUCUCUAAACCUGUUUCCUGUCAUCUCUGAAGCUGUCUUACCAAUAAAGCCAUACAAAAGGCCAUACAAUAAAUACAAAAAAAUUUAAAUGUGA